GUCGACAAGCAGUGCAGCACCGACCAGGCAACCGUCUUUUCCCGUUUGCCGGAGCGACGACCGACAAAGACGCGCGAAUACGACUGGAAGAUCCGUGCGGCGCGCGGUCACGACGAGAAGGUCGUCAAGGUCGGAGCCAUCUCGAACCGGAAACUGGACAGGGAUCACAUGCGUGCAUGGAAGGCCUUCCUGGAGAAGAUUUCUUUUGAUAUCUUUCUGCCGGACCUGAAGGAAAGUAGAAACAAAAUCGCUGCUGUCAAGAAGGAGCUGCCGAGCACAGGCACGCCGCGUUCGACACCCCGGUCGGACCCGGCACCCCCCUCGGUGGAGCAGCGCUCAGGAGAGCGCUGCGAGUCGGAGCCGAAGGAGACGCCGGGAAGCGGCAACCGGUCGGAGCACUCGACGCCCGUGGAAGCAGCGGAAGGCCAAAGCAACGGCUCGGCGCUGGCCCCCCUCGAAGACGGUCCCGAGCAAGAGCCGCAGUCUGCAUUGAACGAGCUGAACCUCUAUGAGCAGCUCCUAGAUCCGGAAGUCUUGCGGAGGCCCGCCUGGGCCGUGCUGGAGCCAGGCCGAGAGCUGCUCCACGCCCUCCGCGGAAUCCGUGACCUGGAUGUGGUUCCCGUGGACUAUGCGAACGCGCAGUUGUGGAGUGCCACCUUGGAGUACGAAAACCUGCUGAACACCCAGCGGGAUCAGCACGAGGCCGUCCUCAAGCAGAUGGAGGCAGAGAACUUCCGCCUGCGGCAGGCUGUGCAGAUGCUGCAAUCGGGCCGUGGCGACGAGGGCUUCGCAGCGGCCCAGCUGAAGAUGAGGGAGGAGGAGCACCGCCUGGCCUUGGAGGCGAAGCAGCGGGAGAUCGACCUGAUCACCUCACUGGUCCGCGUGAGGGACCAGCAGGUCCGGGAGAUGCAGAAGCUGACAGGUUCAAAGCAGGUGCAUCAGAAGCUUGAGGAGUUACGGUCCGAAAAGGCGCAAGUGGAACAGCUUCUCCUGGCGAAGGAGAAGCAGUUGGCAGCAGUCCAGGCGGUGGACCCCCAGAUGGCGGAUGCCUCCGCGCUGCAGCUCGGAGCGCAGGCCAUCCAGAUGUUCCACGACUCCCUGCGCAUGAAGCAAGACGCUUCGACCUUGGCGCGGGAGAACGAGGAGCUCCGCGGGCAGGUGGACGACCUGCAGGUCCAGCUUCAGGAGGCGCAGGGCAGCAUUACCGAGAAGCGCCGGGAGGUCAAGGAGCUUGCUGCAAACCUUUCCACCAAGAUGAAGCGCAUCAUCGAGCUCGAGGAGCAGGUGGAGCGGAGCCACCGCGAAGGCCGGGCGAUGGCACAGGCCGCCACCUCCAAGCUGGCAAAGGAGGAGAUCGCUGAGCGUGACCGCCGCUUCAUGAAGCAACAGGUGAUCAGUCGCCGUCAUGAAACAUCUGCUGCGGAGCUGCAGCAGCAGGUGGCCGAUCUGCGAUCGCGCCUGGCGCAGGCGGACGCAGCCUUGCGAGGGAUGGCCAGCAGCAACACCUUCAAGGACCGGGUGAUCCACGACAUGACGGAGCAGGAGCUGCUGGGCUCCGGACCGCUCGCGCGUGAGAGGGAGGCAGCGACGCAGUCCGUCGGCUUGCGGCUGCUCCGGGAUGCGGAAGCGGCGAUGCGCUCGCCAUCGCCCUCCGGAGGCACUACCCCCGGCAGCCUGAUCAGCAAGGUUCCAGGUGCCCGCGUUCCCCAGCCUCUUGUGCCACCCGGGGAAUCAGCGCUUCCCUCGCCUUCGGCACCGCCUGCGUUCAGCGGCGCUCCCAGAGAACCCACGGCCACGGCGGGCCAGCGAGGCCCCACGAGUUCGAUAAAUCUGCCGACUGCUGCCAUCGAGACCGUCCUUCUGGCCGAAGCUUACAGGCCGCACCCUGACGAUCCCAUCGAUGAGAAGGCGAGUGGCGUGGCGGGCUUCGCCAACCAGCCGAAGAACAGCGCCAGCAAGGCGCUCUUCUGCCGGUUGGGCCCCGGCAGCUACCUUUUCGGUACCCAGCGGGUCUCGGUGCGGCUAAGCCCAAGGACUGGGGACUUGGAGGCCAGGGCCGGCGGCGACUGGAUGAGCAUCGAGGCUACGGACAAGCACAUGGCUCGGAAUGCUUACGAUCCACUCGUGGGGAAGUUCAUCGACCCCUACAGGGAGGAGCGGCUGAAGAGCAUCGACGACACCCGGGAGGUGGAGAUCGCGAUGCGUGGGAACGCCAAGGUUCCUCCCUCCUACAAGGCGCCUUGUUUAAACAAACUCGAGGCUCAAAUCAAAGAGCCCCGGAUUCGUUUGAGUUCCCACUUGGUAGGCACGGCGGAUCCUGUAUGCCUUUUGCCUCCAGUCGUGCUGGCUGUUCUUGCGGAUGAGGCCAGAUCUGGCUUCAGAGAGCUUGGAGUCUCUUGCUUGGAGGACUUCGCUUUUCUGGUGGCCGAUCCUCGGGAGCUGAAUUCUCGGCUAGUAAUGACGCUAUUGCUUGCUGACCAUAGCCUGGCGAUUGGCAGGAUCUCAGAAUCUCUAAGUCGGCUAGAAGUGCAACAGUGA